CGGGCAAACCAAAGGAUAUCUGUGCUCUCACAGUUCUGAUUGGCGACCUCGAUUAUCAUGUGUUUCCUAUUUGUUUUUUUCCCGUUUCGGCAUUGGCUUUGCUUUCGAAAAGUUGUUCAAUGUCAUUACAUACACCCCGUAGGCUAUUUGCGAGGCAUAUAGAGAUGCUCGCAUGUUAGAUUAGAUUUAAUUUUCCCUAUUUCCAAUUAUACGAUCCCGUUAUGUGUAUGGAUUGUAUUCUGUGUGUGUUGUGUUUUGCGUGUGGUGUGUGUGUUGUGUGUAUGGUGUGUGUGAUGUGUGUGUGGUGUGUGUUGCGUUCGUUGCGUUUUGUGUGUGUGUUAUGUGUUUGGCGUGUUUCUGGCGUGUUUUCUUUGUUUUGUGACUUGUUUUCUGCUCCUCUUUCGUUUCUUUCAAUUUCUUUUCUUGGGAGUUAUUGGGAUUGGAAGGACACUGGGAUUUGGGAUUUGGGAUUCAGGAUUUGGGAAGGGAAACUGGCGUUGAAGGGACAGCCGGAAGGCUACCCAUUUUUGGGCGGGACUGGAAUUCCCCCAACUUUAUACCCCUGGGACAACAACUUGGCAACGACGACUACAACGACGACUACAACGACUAUUACAAUCUGUGGUUGAUGGCCCUGCUGCUAGCAGCAAUCAACUUACCAAUCAAUAUAAUCAUUAUUUCUUCAGACUUAUG